CCUAAACACCAUGACCUCCAAAUUUGUCGCAAAACGCAGAUGUCUUGGUGACGGGUGUGACAAUGAAUGUAGCACGCUGCAAUGUCCCACCUGUCUCAAACUAGAGAUUAAAGGAAGCUUCUUCUGCUCACAAGAUUGCUUUCAGCGUAGCUGGAAAACACACAAAGCCAUCCACCGAGCAAAGCAAACUAUUCUGUACAAUCCCUUUCCAUCAUUCAACUUCACCGGCUCGCUCCGACCCGUCUACCCACUAUCCGAGCGUCGCACAGUCCCCACCACCAUCCAACAUCCAGACUACUGGCAAGGUGGCAUUCCACAAAGUGCACAAUCUUUCUACGAUCGGAGAGCCAAAUUCACCGUCCUAGAUAAGGCAGGUCAGAAUGCCAUGCGAAAGGUCUGCCGACUCGCCCGCGAAGUCCUAGACAUUGCAGCAGCUGCCAUCAAGCCUGGGGUGACAACGGAUUAUAUUGAUGAGAUUGUGCACAAGGCGUGUAUAGAGCGUGAUUCCUACCCCUCCCCACUAAACUACAACUUCUUCCCCAAAUCCGUCUGCACCUCGCUCAACGAAGUCAUCUGCCACGGUAUACCCGACCAGCGCGUUCUGGUAGACGGUGACAUCCUCAACAUCGACGUCACGCUUUACCACGGCGGGUACCACGGCGAUCUCAACGAGACGUACUACGUCGGGGACAAAGCGAAGGCGGAUCCCGAUUCCGUCCGGGUUGUCGAAACAGCGCGGGAGUGUCUGGGCAUGGCGAUUGAGCUGGUCAAGCCUGGGGCAUUGUUCCGGGCUUAUGGGGAUGUGAUUGAAGCGCAUGCGCGGAAGAGAGACUGCAGUGUGAUUCGAUCGUUCUGUGGACACGGUAUCAACACAGUGUUUCAUUGUUUGCCAAGCGUGCCGCAUUACGCUGGAAACAAGGCCGUCGGAGCAGCGAAGGAGGGGAUGUGCUUUACCAUUGAGCCGAUGGUGGCGCUGGGGACGUAUAGGGAUAUGAUCUGGCCGGAUAAUUGGACGGCGGUGACGAUGGAUGGGAAGAGAACGGCGCAGUUUGAGCAUACGCUCCUAGUAACAGCGGACGGAGUCGAGGUUCUGACAGCCAGACUACCAACUUCUCCAGGCGGACCAGUAGCAUAUCCAGUGUCAGAGUGA